AUGAGGAAUUGUUCAGACGAUCGAACAUUCCCGGCGCUCAGUCCUCCUGCGUCGGGAUUUGGGUCUCACUUGGCGGCUUCCGAGGUGGUCUCGCGAGAAUUCCUGCCGAAUGGCGGUUCCGUCGCUUCUAUCCGGAACUUCGAAACACAGAGCCCUAGAUUAGCGUUGCGGUUCGGAACGCGUGGAGGAGGUCGACCCGUUCCGCAGAAACACGACGGACGAACGGGGAUUGGCGCGAUGCCACGAAUUCUUCCUGGAGCUCUGCUGACUAACUGGCCGCCCCCCGCGCCGCCUGACAAAUCCCGCGUGGGCCAAAAAAGUAACUUUCGAGACGAGACGCGAGACUGGAGACUGGGCACACCACCCAACCCUCGCCCGGUGAGACCUCGCCCCAAGUGGUAUUGGCCCGCUCGCAGCUCUUGUUUGAUCCUCCUUCAAGUCCCCGUUACUCGUCCCUCAAACCAAACUCAUCACUCCUCUCCUGCGUCUACCACCUCGGCUACAGCUCCUACCGCCUCUACCACGCCUCAGCCCUGGUUCCUGUGUCAAGAUCCGCAUUUCCUUCCAGCCUGGGCACGGAGUCACGUGAAAUACGCCCAGAACCUUCUGGAGUGCGACGACGAACCCAUCGAAUACGACCACGACGAGCUCGACUACAGGGAUAACUGCUUUUUCUUCCCCGAAGAUUGUGUCUACCGUCCUCCGCCGUCACAGCCGGAGAACCCUCUGCUCCUGAGGGAUUGGGUGAGUAACCCAGAUGGUACAGAGACAGACUCGGACCACGAGGAUAAUACCGACGACAUGGGCUCCGCGAUGCUGUCUAAUAUCAAGAUGCUGGAUACGUCAGCGCUGACGGAUCUGCUGGAAGAUAAUUUGUCUCCCCCUGAGAUUACUUCUAUAUUUAUAUUCGCCACUAAUGGAGCCGUGUUUGCGCAUGCCUCUUCUCUUACCCAGCGGCGAGUUAGGAGCCUCUGUGCAACAUAUGGGGCUGCAUACAAAUCUUACGCCGUGAGCCACUCAAACGGGAAUCUAACUGGUAUAAAUCCUGCGAACCACCCUUCAUCAUUCGUGACCACCCCGUCCGUCCCGCUCGGAGAUGUCGGCAGCAUUAUUUUCGAGCUGGAGGACUACGUCGCGGUGGUGACAAAAAUCGCAGAUAAGGUACUUCUCGCGGUCGUUGGACCAACCCGAAUCGACCGCAACACGACGUCAUCCUCUUCGAACAGUAGCAGCAGACGCGCCGCCUUGAUGAGUUCCGCCUCCAGCGACAUUGAACGAACCCUCAGACCUGUCGAUUCCUUCCCUACGGUCCACGACCAUCUCACUAGCUCAUCGCAAGAACAAGCCGGGAAGCUCGCAUCAUCGGCUCCAGCGCCAGGCGGCUCUCUCUCCAUCACCCAACUUUGCUCGCGUGCUGGGGAUUCCAGCAAGACCACGAACGAAGAUGCUGACAAAUCGCUCCGUGCGCAGUGGGAGAUUGACAGGACCAGUGACCUGAAAAGGCUGGCUAGUCUAAAUCUCAGCUCGCCGCCGACGAUUUUACUCGCGUUAGAAUCAAAGUCUGCCGCCCUGGGGAGAUUCUUAAGGAAUAAGCUGGCCGAUUUGGAGAGCCCAGAAGACUUUUAGGUGUCUCCAACAAAGAGGGAGUUAGAUUUUCCGAGCAGGAUUCAUUUAAAUUUCUUUGACUGCUAUAGUAUCCGGUUUACACUUAAAUCUAGGAGUGAGGAGGGUACGGUUUUGCUUAAAAUUUUGUUUAGGGAGUUAAAGCGCACACACUCUCACUCACAACACAUGUAUUUUAACGAGCAAGCAAAAAGACGAUAACAGCUCUUUUUUUUCCUUUUC